AUUCAAGGUGCCCCCUCUGGGAAAUUGGCUGGGAAAUCCCUGGGUAUCAAAGACAACACGGCAGUGGCUGGGGUACCUAUGAUGAACGGGUCCAGGGUGUUGGAGGGCUACAUGCCAGAGUUUGAUGCCACUGUGGUCACCAGGAUACUGGACGCAGGAGGGCGGGUUUUGGGGAAAACCGCAGUUGAAGACCUAUGCUUCGAUGCGAGAAGUGACACCAACAGCAAAAUGCCUAUUUUGAAUCCAUAUGAUGGCACACUGUCAGCAGGGGGGUCCAGUUCUGGAAGCGCAGCUCUGGUCGCCGGAGGUCAGAUAGACAUGGCUCUUGGUGGCGACCAAGGUGGAUCUAUACGUAUACCCGCCGCGUGGUGUGGAAUUGUGGGGUUAAAACCCACGUGGGGGUUGGUUCCGUACACCGGUGCGUCCUCCGUACAGCCCUUCCUGGACCAUCUUGGACCCAUGACAAGAACAGUGGAAGAUUGCGCCUUGCUGUUAGAGGUAAUCGCUGGAUACGAUGACGGCCUUGACCCCAGACAGCCGCCAAACAUUGUGGUGCCCGAGUAUUCAAAACUGUUGACUGCCGACUUGACGGGUAUGAAAGUGGGUUUGGUAAAAGAAGGCUUUGAUAAAUGUGACAAUCAUAUAGUUUCCACAGUUCGGUCCGCCAAGCAGUAUUUUGAGGCAGCCGGUGCCACUGUGGAAGAAACCAGUAUUCCUAUGCAUAUUACUGGAAGAAAGAUUGGUGUUGCAAUAUUAUUUGAGGGAUGUAGUGAAAAUGCUCUUAAUGCAGGAGGAACCGCCUUUGGCUUCCCUGGAUUCUACCCAACUUCCAUGCAACAGGCCACGGCUCGGGGGAUCAGAACCCAUUUCAAUGACGUUUCACACCCUGUCAAGAUAAUGGCUUUACUCGGGGAGUACACCAAACAACGGUACAACCACAUCCACUAUGCUAAAGCCAUGAACUGUUCACGACUGCUGCGGAAGGCCUAUGACGACGCCCUCGCCAACUAUGACGUCAUCGUUAUGCCCACGAUGCGCACCUUACAAUCAGAGCUGCCUAAGAAAGGAGCAAGCAUUCAGGAGAACUUAAACAAAAGCGUACUCCACAACGCAAGCCAGUUCAACCUAACUCACCACCCGGCACUCAGCAUCAACGCUGGAUUUGCAGGUGGACUUCCGGUUGGCCUCAUGAUCGUCGGAAAACACUUUGAUGAGGUCACAGUGUUGAAAGCUGCUUAUGGUUUUGAGAAAAAACGAGAUGAAUAGUUUAUAGAGGGAAAAUGUGCGACCAUGGCAACUGGAGGGGGAAUUAUUUUCAUUACUUUCGACUAACAACGAUGAUUUUAAAUUAUAUGAAUGCUAUUUUUAAUUCUUAAAUUUUAAUUGAAUUAAUCAAUUAAUUUUUUAAUUAAAAUUCUACAAAUCCAAUGCUGAAAGCAUUGCACUCGGGGAUUAAUUGCAGUGCAUGGUAG